AUGGGGAAGGAGGACUGGUGGCCGAACGGCCGCGGCAAUGGGGGCGGAUACCAGCGCCGCGACGCCAACGCGGACAAGAACUACAGCGGGAACUCGGGAUACGACGGUCGUUCGACAACAUAUGUGCAUUCGGCCCUAAAUGAAGCUCGCAGCAUGCAGCAAGCUUUCGUCCGGCGUGAGACCGAACGUGAGGAACGCCGGCAACACAAAUCCAUGAUGUCAGCCAUUCGCGGCACCGUGAUAGACACCGUCAGGGACCUCUUCGGCGGGAGCGUCCAGGGCAAAGAUAAGAAACGUAAGAAAGACAAGAAGUCCAAGACAUCCAUAUGGAAGGCUUUAUUCAGCAAAGAAGAGACAAAUAAACCGUUGAAGCUCUUGCGUCUGGCCAAGAAGCGGGUCCUCGCCCGCAACAGCAGUGACUCUAGUACGUUAUCUUCCACAACAACUUCGAGUCCGAACGCAAGUAGUGGGAACCGUUCCUUCCAGGAGCUCAAGCAAAUAAUCAAGAAUAAGGAGAAGCGGGACAAUAAUAACUUGAAGCAAAUCGCUGCCCAGCUGGCGAAGGGCAACCAAAAGAACGAUUUCAUGACCUCGGGUAUCGACCUCAAGAAGCUCGUUGCGCUCAUCGGGGCGCAGGGCGACGGAAAGGGGAGCUCCGCCGCCCCAGACAAUGCCUUGAAGAUGAUAGCUGGUAUGAUUCAGAACUCGGACAAGAACCCAGAAGAAUCCAUGAAGACGUUCAUGAAGUGCCUUUCAGAGGUGCAAGCCUCGAGUCCGACGAUCAAGCCCAAGAAAAAGUUGAAGCUCCCGGAGGAUGACGGUGAGGAUAAGAGCGAGAAGAUGCUCCCAGGAGUGUCUCGCGCAGAGUGGCCUAGCACAGCCGAGGCGUGGCUCAAGUGUUUCAACGAGCGCCCCGAGAUCACCUUGGACCGGUUGGACAAGGUACUGAAGAGCAGCGACCUUCCUGCGGGAGGGCGCGACAACAUUACCAAGGUAAAGAAGCUGUUGAACAAAUUGGAGUCGCUCCAAUGA